GUAGUGCGAGGAUCCGCUUUAAACGUAGAAUGUCUUUCCCGAGCUGAUGCUUUGUCUGCUAGUGAGGUUCGGAGCCAUAGAACGUGGGUCCAGUUGGAGGCAGCCGGAGUGACUCUCCAUUCUGCGGAGUCGAUGCGGAGCCGUUUUAUGCACAGCAUCAUCCAUCACCUUGGAGAGGUGUUGCAUUCCACUUCGGAGGGGAGGCGUAAGUACGGACAUGUUAGCUUUGUAAAUGGACUUUACCAAGCAUUUGUGGCUGAAUCGAAUGGUUUGCGGGCGGCUACCGUAUCAAGUUGUGAAGAGGAGUCGUCCAAUAUCCUCUCUGAUCCCUCUUACUUCACAAGUGAUAAUUCGGUACACGAUGGUGAUCAAAACGAUCUAAGUCUCGGGAGCCUUCCUCGACCAUCUCUUCAGGAACAGAGCAAGCUAAUUGAUUGCGGGGACACUCAAUCCCAAAAGGAUGAAGCGGAUCAGUGCAAUGCGUCUGCAGAAAUGUGCUCUAGCUUUAAUUCACUUCAGAAAACCCUUACAGAACGCAGCCCUUCAGGACGUCUCACUCGGCGUCUGUCAUUGAGUUUGAACAAUGUUCUCCCGCGCGUCAGAUAUCCUCGUUCGAGGUGUAUUUUCUCCAGAUCUCAAUCUGCCUCUACAAGAACUUUACGAUCAUUAGUUAAUAAAGCCCAUGAAGCAAUUAGUGGGGAUACUCCUGAUGCAACAACAAAUGGUCAUUCUGUGCAGCCACUGUCCAGACCGCUAACCACAAAGAAAAAAUCAGGUUUCAAUUCAAGGGAUUCGGGUCCUGAAAGUUUGACACUUUUAAAUGUUAAUUCAAAAGUUCGGCAUAAAGCAGCUCUUGAAAGGCCUUGUUUGGCCAAAUCCUUCAGACAAUUGGCCCCUAAACUUACGAAAAAAAGUAGUAUUUUAUUGAGUUCCACGGCUAGCAGCCAACAAGAGUCUAUGGGAAUGCAGCUGGAUUCAACUUUCGCUAAGCCUGUCCGAUAUGUGAGAUCAGCUGGUGAGUCACCCAGCACUUCUAUAGAUAAUCAGCCUACUACAUCUCUCGAUGAUGGUUUCAAAAGAAGAUCAAAGAGCCUAUGUUGCAAGAACUUUGAAAUGGUUGACUUGGACUCCCUCCACUCGUCUGCUAAGGUGCACAAUCUAUACCCCAGUAAGUUGUCAAGUGAAGGCUCCGCCAGUAUCGAAGUUAUUCCGGAUACCCUCUCAGCGAUAAGCUCAAAUCAUUCGGCUCACACAAAUGAUAUUCAGACUCACUCUGAUGCUCCAUGUUCUUCCCUUCUUCACAACCCCGACAGGCUCAAUAACACCUCACCCAAGGUAAGCGAUGUGGCUUUCCUGAAGUACUUUACUUCCUAUGCAAUUACUACUGAAAUUCAUUUUCUUUUGGUUAUAUUGAAACAACUAUUGGCGGAGUUUCCAUUGAUAGCUCGACUUUCAAUCAUUACGCAUUUCCGUGUAUCGCAUCAACCAGAGAAGUGGUCUUGA